GUUCGAGAGUAGUCAUACAGGAAGGCAGAGAAUUGGUCACGGAGGAAGCGUAGAGAUUACUUUCCGAUAUGAAUACGCGACGAUAUACGGGCAAAUCAAAAAGAAUACGGAGAUGAUGUUGUAGUAAAUGAUACGGUUCUUUAACCGCGGUUGUUUCUCUGUAUGUGGCAAAUUUAACUUAAUUUUCAAGAUAAAAAUGUAUAGGAAAGAAAUUAUUUUACAGUACAACGAAUUAAGAAAAUAAAUAAAGUAAAUAUCGAUCUAGUGUAUCUUGUGCAACAAGCAUGCAUUGCUCAUUUAAUUCGUUUUAAUUCCAUUCAAUUCGUUUUGAAUUGGUGAACUUAAAAGGUGCAGUUUCAAAGUGCAUCGAUUCAAUGUCAACAUAACCGUAAAAUAAGGAAAUCGAUUGUCGUGUUUUUUAGACAUUUUUGGAGUAUAAUAUAUAUCUUAAGAAUGUACUGCUUUGGUAACAUUAGUCCUCCGAGCAUCGAAUGAAAUACAAAAGAACAUGCGAGUGGAAAGUUCGUUAAUUCAAUUAGUCACUAUAUUUUUAUACAUUUUAAAAACAAAGGCAGAAGGCAUUAUGUGCUACCGUUGUGUAGCAAUAUUUUCAGGAUAUGAUGCAUCGGAACAACUUUGUUCCCAAUUCAAUGGAAAUAAAACAUUUCAAGUUUCUUGUCCUACAUCAACAUUUUGUGUAAAAAAAACUAUCUAUUAUAAAUCACAAACAUCUAUGGUUAAAACGGUUCAAAGAGACUGUGCCACCCAAAGGUACUUAUCUAAAUCUUACGAUUAUGAAAAACGUGAAUGGUACGAUACGGAGGAAGUAAUAAAAACGGUUUACAAAGAGGGCUGUGCCAAUGGCGAGGAUAGAGGAGCAACUGGUAGACCACCCGAAUAUUGCUACUGCAAUUCUGAUUUUUGUAAUUUCUCUCCCUCAAAUAAGAUAGUAAAUCCGACUAUUGUCUCUCUAUCGGCGCUAUUUUUAUUAUUUGUUAAAUUCUUACAUAUUUAACAGAAAUGGUAAUUGAAUUUUAUUAUUCAAACGGACUAAUGGAAAUAUUUUAAUGCAUAUAGCGGUAUAGCAUCAAUAUUUAGACAUUGUUACGCGUAAAGUGUAAUUUCAGAGAAAAAUAUCUAUAUUUUACGAGAUAUUCAAUGGAUUUUUUAUCAUGCAACAGUAUUCAAUGCAAUGAGUGCGCUUACAUUCAAGAAUGUACUUCUGAUAUUGUAUUUAUACAAAUUUACAUAAAAAUAGAUAUUAAUACUUUUGUGAUAUCAUUGUGUUAAGGGAAUAUUUAAAUACGUUGAAGAGAAUCAAAAUCUCAUAUAUAUCACGUUGAACAACAAUUUAACAAUAACGAAAAGAAUUUUAUCUCUAUUAAGGAUACUGUUUUAUUUACAAUUUGCAUAUUAUUUAAUAUACUUCGCGAAUAAUUUAAUUUAUCCUUUAAAUAUUAACCCGAUAGAUAUAUUUUUAACACUCACCCAUUUUAUCAUAGCAUAUAUUUCCUAAUUUGCUAUACGAUUAAGCAUAUUAAUUUCCUUAUAACGAAUGAGUGGAAAGUAAUUAAAUAAAAAAAAAUGUUCCUUACCUCUGCAUUAUUUUCAACCAAAUACAAAAAUACAACGUCCUCCCUUAUUAAACGAACUGCCGAAUGUAAAGGGUAUGUGCUUUUGGCUUGUAAUAAUUUAUAUAAUAAAGAACCAGGCAUCUCUUUGAAAUCAUC